CGUUCCUACUCAUCAAGGCCAAUCCUUUUGGACUAGUAAAAAGGCACAAAAUAACAAAUAUAAAGCCAGGAAAAGAUGAAAAGCAAAGCGCAACUUCAGAGAACCUUCCCCUUCACCCGAACUCAAAACUCUACUCAAGGUUUCAUCUUUUCUGUUUUCUUGGGUGAUUCCAUAGAGUCCUCAAGAUUCAUUCAUCCUUUUCUACUUCUACCUCCUACUUUAUCUCUGCCUUUCCACUGCACAGUCUGACAGUACUCCCUUGAUAAGCGUGGCGAUUUUCAUCAUUUAUCUGGUUUGGAUUUUGCUUGCUGCUGGGAGCAACCAAUAAUGGAGUUUAUCCUGGACUGGAAAUCGAUUGGUUCUCUGCUUGCAACUUUCGUGUUUAUCCGAACUGCAAUUCAUGACUUCCUCCCUCCGGAAGUCUAUCAAGUCCUGAAACGCCUCUUCUUAAACAUUUUCACUUCUCUGCAACCCAAAAUCUCCAUUCUUAUUGAAGAGUACGACAACUCCUACAACAACGACAUCUACGACGCUGUCCAGCUCUAUCUCAGCUCCAAAUGCUUUUCCUCAGCUCAGGUCCUCAAACUCGCCAAAUCCAGGAACUCCAAGAACCUCACCUUCUCCAUGGAUGCCAACCAGAAGCUCGAGGAGACCUUCGAGGACAUCAAAGUCAAGUGGUCCUUCCACUGUGUCGAGAAGAAAUCCAGCGGACUGGGUUACGCCAGACCCCAUGAGAAUCGAUACUUCGAGCUCUCUUUCCACCGCAAGUAUAAGCACAGGGUUCAAUCUUCUUACAUCCCACACAUAAUGGAGGUUGCUGAGGUCAUCAAGUUCAAGACCAGAGAGAGGAAGCUCUACACCAACCGCUCCGCCGAUGAAGACGGACGGCUCUGGUCGUCUGUACCCUUUUCACAUCCCUCGACCUUCGACACGGUGGCGAUCGACCCAGCUCUGAAAAAGGAGAUUAAGGAAGAUUUGAUGAAGUUCGUAAACAGGAGGGAGUUCUACAGCCGAGUAGGGCGGGCUUGGAAGAGAGGGUACCUUCUGUACGGCCCGCCGGGAACUGGAAAGACAAGCCUGAUCGCUGCCAUUGCGAAUUUCCUCGAAUUCGAUAUCUAUGACCUGGAAUUAACGGCUGUGUCGAGUAAUUCACAGCUGAGGAAGCUCCUGAUCUCGACUUCCAGCAAAUCGGUGAUCGUCGUGGAAGACGUCGACUGUUCUCUUGAUCUUUCAGAUCGGAAGAAGAAGGAAAGCUUUGAGGUGGAAGAGAAUGAGAAAUAUGGAGAAGAGAAGAGGUGGUGGAGACAGAGGAGUCACAACGGCAGAGGAAGUAAUAGCUUCGGAAGCACUGUUAGUCUAUCUGGGGUUCUGAACUUCGUCGAUGGGCUUUGGUCUUCUUGUGGCGGAGAGAGACUGAUGAUCUUCACAACCAACCACAAGGAGAAGCUCGACCCAGCUCUGCUUCGGGCUGGCCGGAUGGACAAGCACAUCAACCUCUCUUACUGCGAGUUCAAUGCGUUCAAGACGCUCGCCAAGAACUACCUCGAAAUCGACGAUCACAAGCUGAUGAAGGAGGCGAAGGAAGUGUUGCCUCUGGUCAAGAUGACGCCGGCUCACAUUGCCGAGAUUUUCAUGAGUUGCGAGGACGACGCAGAGAUGGGGAUGAAGAAUGUGAUCGACGAAAUGAAGCGGCGAUUGACGAACGCGGAUGAAGAGGAUUCACAGGUUGAGGUCGAACAACCAAAGGAGGAACCGAAGAAGGAAGAAGACCCAGUUGCAGAAUAUCGCAAUGAAGAGCAUGCAGGGAAGGAUGGUGGUGACUCAGUCGACUCGGUUGCGGAGAAUCACAAGCGUGAAACAGAGACAACGCUUCAGCCUUCAAGUGUGGAGUGACUCGUUCUCCCUGGAAAAUGCUGUUACUAUGGUCACAGCUGUAUGGUUUGAAUAGUGAGCGGAGCAGACAACUAUUACGGGUCCCGGUUAACCAGCCGUUCAUUUGAAAUAUCUCCAUAAUUAUAAAUUUUUAUCG